AUGGCGGGCGGUGCCGGUGUCGCGUGGCGGCGGCUGGCGCCGGACGCGGCGCGUAGGCGGCUCCGGCCGCUGCGGACCGUGGUGGCGUGGCGGGGCAGGGCCGAGUGGGACCAGGUGAUGGUGGGGCUGUACUGCGGGGACAGCCGGCUGCAGCAGGAGGCGCUGGAUCGGGUCUCGGCCUGGAAGAGCCGGUACGGCCCCAAAAUGCCUCUCGCAGUAGAUUGCACCGCUGAACUGAUACGUUGCAAGGUCCUGGAUUCAUCUGGUAAAUUGAGGUCACAUGAGCUCAUCCUCUCAUAUGGGCUGGCUCUUGUAAGAUUUGUCAACUUGAUCACAGAAAGGAAACAGAAAAUGGUCAGCAUUCCUCUGAGACAAUUAGCCAGAGAGGUCGAUAUCCCCAUCUGGGUUGUGGAUCUCCGUCACGAGCUGACCCAUGGAAAGUUACCCCAGCUAGCACUCUGCCGCAAGGGUUGCGAUGUUGUACUGGACUGGCUACGAAAGACAUACUGGAGUCGUCAGCUGGGCAAUAAUUUGUGUGAAGAAAGUGAAGAGGAGGAUGAGCAGGAGGAGACUGAAGCAAACAUAGAGGUAGACAGUGAUGCAUGGGAGAUUCAAACCCCACAGCAUGAGGCCUGUCAGAAACACAAAGAGUUCCACGAAAAAGUCAGAGAUGUGCUGGUAUGCUACAAGAAUGAGCAGUUCCGGGUUAUGCAAUCGGUGCAGUCUGUUUCAAAGUCCCGAGAACUGUGGUCUGAUUCUUCUUCAGAAGUGGACUGGAUUUUGGCUCAGAUCAAAGACCUGAUGCAAGAGAACAGAGAGACAGUGGCUGAAGCUCUUCUCAGUGAUGGCUUUCUCAUCCCAACAGUGGAAUGUCUGAAGAUGCUAAAUAUCAAGUACGAAGCGAAUAAAGAGAUAUUACAAUUCAAAAUUCCUCAGACAUUUUACUGCUUCUGGCGGCCUUUGCUGACAGGCCUUCUUUCACGAAGCUUUACACAGACCCUAAUAGAGAAAAUGUUUACAGAGCUCAAAGAAUGUUCAGACUCUUCAGAACUUCGGCCUCAGUUCCUGAUCAACUGGAUUUCUGAAAUGCUUACUAGCAUUGCUAGAGUUAAUGCUGGGAAGAAGAGACGCCGUUGUAACAAACGGAUAUUUGUGAAAGAGCUGUUCCUCCAAAAAGUUCCUUUGCAGUGGAUAAGACUCACUGAUAAUUGCUUGGAAGCUCCCUGCUGGGCAACUCCACACCUUCUUCAGCUGAUUCUUACAAGCAUGAAACCUCGUUUGCCACGUUCUUCGCGGAAGAACCUUCUGUAUCUUACUUCUGUUUACACAGAAGGAGGUGGCCCCUUGUCCAGUCCAGGCUGUUCUUCAGACUGCAGUGAGCAGCCAAUUUAUACUAUAGAGAGUUUACAGUGGAAGGCCAAACAAGAAAGUCAGACUAAAAAUCAUGAGCAGACUAUAGAGAGACAAGAUGAUGUGCUGGGGAGACGUGAUGGUGAAGAGGAGGUAGAGGAAGAAGAAGAAGAGAUGGUAACUGAAGCAAAUCCUUUGGAAGGACUUGCUCAUUCUGAUAACAUGCUGGCUAUUGCAGAAAAAAGGGCAGUGCUGCAAGGGUCCGCUUGGCAGAUCAUUGAAGAUGAAGUACAAUGGAAAGACUUUCCUAUUGGGAAACUCCCAGGUCAGACAGAUGAUCCUGAUAGUCUCAUGUUGGAUAAUUAUUCCAUGAUGUCGCUGCUUGAUCAGCCAGUGAGAGAUGAGUGGAAGUCUCCCACUACAAAAUUUGUCUCCAAUUCUGAAGAGCAAGAUUUCCAUUCUGUCUCUUCUAUCAUGUUGGAAUGAAGCAAUUCUUGGAAUUUGGAGAUCUGCUUUCAGUCUGUAAAGUCCCAGCACUCUCACCAUAGUCACAAAUGAUAGACUUCUUGAUUUUGGAGACUUUAAACGUAAAGCUGCUCAACUUAAUGUUUAGGUAGGUGAAUCACUGCUAAGAAUAAAGAGCUGCAGCAGAAUUCUAAUUAGCUACAGUAAUCAGUACCAUUCAGCAUCUAGCCAGCAGUCUCUGACAAGAGACAGGUUGGGGGGUUCUUAAUUCAUUCUUCAUUGGCUCAGUGGAUUUUGUUAUGCACAAUAGAUGGAAAUGUACUUAGGGAAAGUAUAAAGAAAUGCAUAUGGAGUAGUGUGAUUCACUGUUUGGCUUGCUUAUGACCUGCUACCCAAUGCCAGCUGAAGCAUCUACCCUUUCUGACUUCUGUGUUGUAGGUGUCAGGUAUUAUGUAAUCCCAGAAUAUUUCUUGGGGUGGUGACUGUAUGCUGUUUCUAGAGUAAUAGGAAUUAAAAAUCAUCUAACGAUUUCAGGUUCUGCUCUGAAAACAAAGGAAUUGCUCUAAGUACAAACUAUACCAGGCCACUGAUUUAGAUGUUAAAGGAGCUAGGACUUGGCUGUAUGAAAGUCUGCUUUGAGAAAA